UGAACGAAGGGUUGACGGGACGACUGGAACGCACAAGUGGCUCCAAACAAUUCCUUGUUUGAUUUCUUAGUAAUCUGGCAAAAUGGCGGAGGGAAAGUCACGUCGUGUCGCACAGAGCGAGGAUUUAUCGAAUGUUGAGUUUGAAACUAGUGAGGAUGUCGAAGUUAUUCCCACUUUCGAUAAUAUGGGGCUCAGGGAUGAGCUUCUACGAGGAAUUUACGCAUACGGUUUUGAGAAGCCCUCGGCCAUUCAGCAGCGUUCGAUAAAGCCCAUAAUGAAGGGCAGAGACGUAAUUGCCCAGGCACAAUCAGGAACGGGAAAAACAGCGACAUUUUCCAUUUCAAUUCUCCAGUCGUUGGACACACAAGUGCGUGAGACUCAGGUACUUGUGCUGUCACCCACGAGGGAAUUGGCUGUUCAGAUUCAGAAGGUAAUCCUUGCCCUUGGGGAUUUCAUGAAUGUGCAAUGCCACGCCUGCAUUGGUGGCACAAACCUGGGUGAAGACAUCAGGAAACUGGACUACGGACAGCACGUCGUCUCCGGGACACCUGGGAGAGUUUUCGAUAUGAUAAAAAGACGAGUUCUACGCACAAGAGCCAUAAAAAUGCUGGUGCUGGACGAAUCAGACGAGAUGCUGAACAAGGGAUUCAAGGAGCAGAUCUACGAUGUUUAUCGUUACCUACCACCAGCGACCCAAGUCGUCCUGGUAUCGGCAACCCUACCCCACGAGAUCCUAGAGAUGACGAGUAAAUUCAUGACUGAUCCCAUAAGAAUUCUCGUAAAGCGCGAUGAGUUGACCCUGGAGGGUAUCAAACAGUUCUUCGUUGCUGUGGAAAGAGAGGAGUGGAAAUUCGACACACUCUGCGAUCUUUACGACACCUUGACCAUCACACAGGCUGUCAUCUUCUGCAACACAAAACGCAAGGUCGACUGGCUGACGGAAAAGAUGAGAGAGGCGAAUUUCACAGUGUGUUCGAUGCACGGGGAUAUGCCCCAGAAGGAGAGGGACAAUAUUAUGAAGGAGUUCAGAUCAGGGCAGAGUCGAGUUUUGAUUACAACCGACGUCUGGGCUCGAGGAAUAGACGUCCAACAGGUCUCGCUUGUGAUAAAUUACGAUCUCCCAAAUAACAGGGAGUUGUACAUCCACAGAAUAGGCAGAUCUGGUCGAUUUGGACGAAAGGGUGUCUCUAUUAAUUUUGUCAAGACCGAUGACAUCAGGAUUCUUAGAGAUAUUGAGCAAUACUACUCCACGCAGAUCGACGAGAUGCCCAUGAACGUCGCUGAUUUGAUUUAAGUAAACGAGGAGAAAAUCUAGUUUAGAAAGAGGGGAAUUUAUCUAUUAGUUUCAUUUUUUUUAUUCUGUCUAUGGAAGACCUCGAAUUAUUCUUUCAAGUAUGUAUCACGUGACCUAAAUAUUCUAUGGUAAAUAACUGACAAAUCGAAAUAUUCGUAAUUCGAUUGAAGAGAAUAAUCUUGAAUUAUUAUUCUACCGCAGUUGUGGUGCAUUAGAGACUAUAGGGAAAAUAAUUCCGAAAGGAAGAGUUUUAUUGGAAAAUGUUAGGGGAAUUUUUUGUGGAGAAUUCAGUUUUCUAAAAAAAAUUCCUCUGCCGUUUUCCCUUAAAACCGAGACUAUCGACCGUAUUUUCAAAAUACUCUGAAGAAUUCUGAAUUUCUAUAAUUGUUAAAAAACCACAGCUAUUUUUCUUUCAAAAAUAUCUCGGGAAUUAAUGGAGUUAUCGAAAAAUGUGAUGAAAAUUUUUUUGUAGAGCAUUUCUUCCGCGACAAAAAGUUUCUUCAACAUUUUGCCCUGAUACCAUUAAUUCCGGAGAUCUUCCCGAAACAAACACCCAGAUAUUUCCACAGACAAAAAAUAUCGAUUUUCCCUGAAAAAAUGUACCUUAAUCACUUGUAUAAUUACUGUAUCACCUCUGGAAUACAAAAUACAUCUACUAAACAA